AUGAUCAACACCACCACCAUCCAGCCCCUUGUGACCACCACCACCACCAUCCAGCCCCCCGAGACCAACACCACCACCAUCCAGCCCCCCGUGACCAAUACCAUCACCAUCCAGCCCCCCGUGACCAACACCACCACCAUCCAGCCCCUUGUGACCACCACCACCACCAUCCAGCUCUCCGUGCGCAACACCACCACCAUCCAGCCCCCUGUGACCACCACCACCACCAUCCAGCCCCCUGUGACCAACGCCACCACCAUCCAGCCCCCCGAGACAAACACCACCACCAUCCAGCCCCCCGUGACCAACACCACCACCAUCCAGCCCUCCGUGAGCAACACCACCACCAUCCAGCCCCCUAUGACCACCACCACCACCAUCCAGCCCUCCGUGAGCAACACCACCACCAUCCAGCCCCCCGUGACCAACACCACCACCAUCCAGCCCCCCGUGACCAACACCACCACCAUCCAGCCCCCCGUGACCAACACCACCAUCAUCCAGCCGCCCGUGACCAACACCACCACCAUCCAGCCCCCCGGAAUCCAUGAGUUCCCGGAUGACGUCUUCACCGAAGAGGAGAGACAAAAUGGAGCCUUUUUACUGCAUGUUUUCUGUGCGAUGUACAUGUUCUAUGCAUUGGCUCUUGUGUGCGAUGACUAUUUUGUCCCCUCGUUGGAGAAGAUUUGCGAGCAUCUCCAACUGAGUGAAGAUGUGGCUGGAGCGACAUUUAUGGCAGCUGGGAGCUCAGCACCAGAGCUGUUUACCUCUCUGAUUGGGGUCUUCAUUGCUAAGAGUGACGUGGGAGUGGGAACAAUCGUGGGCUCAGCUGUCUUCAACAUUCUGUGUAUCAUUGGGCUCUGCGGAAUCUUCACAGGACAUGAUGUCCAUCUGACUUGGUGGUCCUUGUUCCGUGACUCAGUCUCCUACAUCGUCUCAGUUCUUGCUCUCAUUCUGGUUAUUCAUGAUGAAAAGGUAUUCUGGUGGGAGGCCCUGUUCCUGGCCCUGCUGUAUGUGCUCUACAUCAUCGUGAUGAAAUACAAUACAAGAAUUCGCAAUUACUUUGUGGGGCUGAGUUGCAUUGGCCCAGAGAGAUCAGGGACCGAGGACCCAACUGCACAGCAAGGAGCAGAGAGCAACCAGAAAUAUUCAGCUACUGUCGUCAUACUACAAACAGACCACAGAUCAGAGAGCAACUCGGUGGUGAUGGUGGAUGAACUGUUUUCGACCUCGCCUCACAAGCUCAGCUUCCCUGAGGCAAGUCUGAGGAUAAUGAUCACCCAGCACUUUGGGCCCAGGACCCGUCUCACUAUGGCCAGCCGCAUGCUCAUCAAUGAGAGGCAACGUCUGAUUCGAAGUCAGGCCGUGAAAACAGAGGCACAGGUUUCCCUCAGCAUCCCAGAGAAGCGAGCGGUGGAGAACGGUGCCAGUGCCAGCGCUGACGCUGAGCCCAGCCGAGGGGACGAGGUGCCGGAUGGGAACGGAAACACCGGAGAGGCGGAGGAGUCGAACAGGAAGGGGGAACAGGAGAAUGAUGGGCCACUCAUCCCAUUUAAAGUACCAGAUGAAAGAUGGGAUGUGGUGAGAUGGCUGAUUUCCUGGCCUCUGGCGUUCCUGCUGUACUGCACAGUUCCCAACUGUUCCCAAGCCCGCUGGGAGAAAUGCUUCAUGGCCACUUUCAUCUGCUCCACCCUGUGGAUUGGGCUCUUCUCUUAUAUUAUGGUCUGGAUGGUAACAAUAAUUGGAUAUUCUCUAGGAAUUCCCGAUGUUAUUAUGGGAAUUACAUUCCUGGCCGCCGGUACCAGUGUUCCAGACUGCAUGGCUAGCCUCAUUGUGGCCAGACAGGGUAUGGGUGACAUGGCUGUUUCCAACUCCAUUGGGAGCAAUGUGUUUGAUAUAUUGCUAGGUCUCGGAGCUCCCUGGAUGCUGAGAACACUGCUCCUGAAUUAUGGUUCAGUGGUUUCGAUAAACAGUAAAGGUAUAGUUUACUCUGUGAUCCUGCUCCUUGCCUCGGUUUCCCUCAUGGUCAUCGGGAUCCACCUGAACAAGUGGAAGUUGGAUCGGAGAUUGGGAUUGGGAGCGCUGCUGCUCUACGCUGUCUUCCUUUGCCUCUCCAUACUGAUCGAGCUCAACGUUUUUCUGGAAGUAAAUCUACCGACCUGUCAGUGA